AUGAGUUGCUUAAGUUGGAACUGUCGUGGGCUUGGGAACCUACAGACAGAGGAAGAACUAGUUGCUCUAGUCGGCAACAAAGAUCCCAAGUUAGUUUUCUUAAUGAAGACUAAGGUAGAGAAGGUAGUGUUGGAGCGAGUAGGAAGGAAAAUUCAAAAAUCUAAUAUUUUUAUGGUUCCCCGGCAUAAUAUUGGGGGUGGGCUAGCUUUGUUUUGGCCUAAUAAUAUAAGGGUGGAUAUUCAAUCGUAUUCUAACCAUCAUAUAGAUGCUAUCAUUGACCAUGGAGUUAAUGACGCUUGGUGGUUAAUGGGUUUCUAUGGUGACCCUGACACCGCCAGCCGGGAAGACUCCUGGUCCCUCCUUAAGGCUCUUAGUACUCGGGUCUCCCUUCCUUGGAUUUGCAUAGGUGAUUUUAAUGAAAUUUUGUUGGCUGAGGAAAAGCAAGGGUGGCUUAAUAGACCAGAACGGCAAAUGCAAGGUUUCCGAGAUGCUCUUGAUUUUUGUGGUUUAAAGGAUUUGGGUUUCAAUGGGUUCCCUUUCACUUGGAGUAACAGAAGGCCUGGGGAUCAGAAUGUCUGGAUUCGAUUAGAUAGAGGGGUGGCAACCAUAGAUUGGAUCCUAAAGUUCCCAACAUCACACAUCCAUCACUUGGAUGCUUUUCAUUCGGAUCAUAAACCCCUUAUUCUGUGUUCAGAUUCAGAGUUUAAACGUUUCUAUCGUAAGGGUCGCCCCUUUCGUUUUGAGGCUAUGUGGUUGAAAGAUAAUUCUUGUGAAGGUGUGGUAAAAGAUGCAUGGGGAGAUGAAUCUGUGGGGGGUUCGGCUUGGAGUUUUAAUAGAAAGAUUUAUGCUUGUCAAGACAACCUUAAAGAGUGGAACUAUAAGUCCUUUGGCCAUGUUCGUCAUUUGUUGCAAAGAAAACUGGCUGACUUAAAAUCUCUAGAGGAAUCUGGUGGUUAUAGGCAGCAACCCAAUCGGAUUCAAGCUCUUAGAGUGGAAAUCCAACAAUUAAAAUCCAAGGAGGAGGUAAUGUGGAAGUAA